AACAACAACACAAGCAACACAUCAAACUUGGCAAAAUGUUCUCACGUCCUCUUUUAUAUGGCAAUUUAACAAAAAUAUGUGCCUCCGCUGCUGCACGCCAACCCCACCAGUCAGUCACAAAUCCCACAACUGCCAGCACUGCUGUGGCGAUCAACGACACACAAACUCGCGAAUAUCAUGAAGUGGUCGGUGAUAUUCUCUGCCCCUCGCAAGUGAUGGGUAUCGAUCACAUUCGAGAUCCACGUCUAAAUAAAGGUUUAGCUUUCACCCUCGAAGAACGACAAGUAUUAGGCAUCCAUGGCCUGCAGCCUGCCCGCUUUAAAACUCAGGAAGAACAAUUGGAAUUGUGUAAAAUAGCUGUGAAUCGUUAUAGCGAAGCGUUGAACAAGUAUUUGUAUUUGAGCGAUUUGCAAGAUCGUAAUGAACGUCUGUUUUUCCGUUUUCUCUCCGAGAAUAUUGAAGAAAUGAUGCCAAUUAUUUAUACACCAACUGUCGGUUUGGCAUGUCAACGUUUCGGUUUGAUUUAUCGUCGGCCACGUGGUCUAUUUGUAACAAUAAAUGAUCGUGGUCAUGUCUUUGAUGUUAUUAAGAAUUGGCCCGAACCCGAUGUCCGUGCCAUUGUCGUAACCGAUGGUGAACGUAUUCUCGGCUUGGGUGAUUUGGGUGCAUCUGGUAUGGGUAUACCUGUCGGCAAGUUGGCCCUAUACACCGCUUUGGCUGGCAUCAAACCUCACCAAUGUCUACCAAUUUUGAUUGAUGUCGGCACAAAUAACAUUGAUCUCCUCGAAGAUCCUCUGUAUGUGGGUCUGCGACAAAAACGUGUUGUUGGCCGUGAAUAUGAUGAUUUCAUUGAUGAAUUCAUGCAAGCCGUGGUCAAACGUUACGGUCAAAAUACUUUGAUCCAAUUUGAAGAUUUUGGCAAUCAUAAUGCAUUUAGGUUCCUCGAUAAAUAUCGCAAUACUUAUUGUACCUUUAACGAUGAUAUUCAGGGUACUGCCUCCGUGGCGGUGGCUGGCUUAUAUGCCAGUAAACGUAUUACGGGUAGAAGUUUUGCCGAAUAUACUUUCCUAUUUGCCGGUGCCGGUGAAGCUGCUAUUGGUAUUGCUGAUUUGGUGGUGAAAGCUAUGGUUGCCGAAGGUGUUUCAUUGGAGGAAGCCCGUAGCAAAAUCUGGAUGGUGGAUAUUGAUGGUCUCUUGACAACCACUCGCAAAGAUGGCAACCUUGAGGGCCACAAAUGCAACUAUGCCAAAGAUGUUGAACCCAUGAAGAAUUUAGAAGAUAUUGUUGAAAAAGUUAAACCUAAUGUAUUAAUUGGUGCUUCAGCCGCUGCCGGUAUUUUCACUCCUAAAAUCCUACAAACAAUGGCUGCCAAUAAUGAACGCCCCGUUGUAUUCGCUUUGUCAAAUCCUACAAGCAAAGCUGAAUGUACUGCCGAGCAGGCAUAUCAAAAUACGGAGGGACGUGUUAUCUUCUCUUCGGGUUCACCCUUCCCUCCCGUGACCAUUGGCGAUAAGACUUUCUAUCCUGGCCAAGGUAACAAUGCCUAUAUUUUCCCAGGUGUUGCUUUGGGUGUAAUUGCCACCGGUACACAUCAUAUUCCCGAUGAUAUGUUCCUAAUUGCCUCACAAGAACUUGCCAAUUACGUCUCGGAUACCGAUUUGGAACGUGGCUCUCUGUAUCCACCUCUAUCAUCGAUUCGUGAAAUUUCGAUGCGUAUUGCUAUGGGUGUUACCAAGUGUGCAUAUGACAAAGGUCUUGCCUCAACCUAUCCCGAACCACAGGACAAACGCAAAUGGUUGGAAGAACAAUUGUACAAUUUCAAUUAUGAAAGCUCAUUGCCAGUGACCUGGGUGUGGCCCCGGAUGCCCUACAUUAAGACCCGCGAUGAAAGUCCUCUCUUAGCUGCCAUUAAAUAAAUGUUUUGGCUAACACCAUUCACAACUGCAUCUAAAUAUUGAAACUAAUCCACACAAAUUCUAGAACCAAAGAAACCAAUA